AUGUUCAGACAACAACUCAGCCAAUUAGCCAGAAGAUCCGUCAGAUCCUACGCUGCCGCCGCCGAGGCCGCCACCUCCGACGUCUUGAAGUUGUCGUUGACCUCUCCACACCAGGCCAUCUUCAACAACAAGGCUGUCAAGCAGGUCAACAUUCCAUCCAUCUCCGGUGAAUUGGGUAUCUUGGCUUCCCACGUUCCUAUCAUCGAGCAGUUGGUCCCAGGUCUCGUUGAAGUCACCCCGGUUGAGGGUGAAACUGAGCAGUAUUUUGUCUCUGGUGGUGUCGCUACCAUGCAACCAGACAACACCUUGUCCAUCACCGCCAUCGAAGCGUACAAGGCCGAAGACUUUUCCGCUGAUGAGAUCAGAACCUUGAUUGCCGCUGCCCAGAAGAACGUUUCCUCUGCUGACGAAGCCGUUGCUGCCGAAGCCGCCAUCCAGUUGGAGGUCUUGGAAGUCUUGCAGACCAUUGCCAAAUAA